AUGUAUGCCAUCCAGAUCGGUGCCGGGAUACUGCCCCCAGUAAUCGUCGGUAUCGUAUUAUAUGUCACUUAUGUCGUUGUUGUCGUGCUCUGUAUUAAUGUAUGGAUCUCCCCACCACCAAAUCAACCUCAGAAACUAGGCUAUGCUACCGUGGUCCUGAUUUUCUUCCUCUGGUUCCUCAUAUCCAUGGCAGUCUCUUUUGGCAGCACUAUCUAUCAUGCUUAUCUCGACCCUGGCAUUCUUUCUACAGCCGACACCCACGAUCCCGAACAACAGACAACUGCCCCUUUCGAAUGGAUUUAUGGACUGUUCAGAAAGGUCCACGUAGCGCCCACCUUGGACUCAUUCCACGAACAGGCCUUCUUCGAGUGCGACGAGAGUGGCAAACCAUUAUGGUGCGACUACUGCAAACACUGGAAACCAAACCGCGCGCAUCAUUCCAAAAUGCUGAAUAGAUGCAUUUUGAAAUUCGAUCAUUACUGUCCGUGGGUCGGGGGAUACAUAGCAGCGACAAACUUCAAGACGUUCCUGCUCUUCUCGAUCUCUGCGGCAAUGUUCUCUCUGGUCACGCUCAUUUCUGUCACUGUUCCUUGGAACCAUGGCGCGUUUGAUGGUCAUGAUGUGACUGGACAUCUGGGCGUUACCGUGGGCUUUGGAGUCUUCUUCUUGUGCAUAGCAGGAGGGUCCGGAUUGAGCGCUGUACUCCUAGCGUCUGCAGAUCUAACCACUCUUGACAAUGCAGCAGGCAAAAAGAAGGUAUGGACGCUGGCUGUAAAGAUCGACGAGGGGAUCGCAGCAGAGAAAGCAAUUACCGCUGCGUUUUCUGGCGUGCUCACCUUUGCUACCAGUACACAUACCUUUGCGAUCGUGGAGACAUUUUCGGGUGCAAAUCCUUACGACGUUUGCUUAAUGCAGAACUUGAGGCAUGUCAUGGGAGCAAGUUGGUGGCAUUGGGUCCUUCCUCUCAACUUACAAGGAGAUGACCGGCAGAGUAAAAUGGCAGAAAUCACUCCAGCUGUCGCUGCCGCGCUCGAGGAAUCAGGCUUGGCGGCUAUGGAUACAGCCACGAGGGGAAGGUGGCAGAAGAUGCAAGUAAGACAGAGGGGAUUCUUGCAGUUGUUGGCUGCAGCUGGGGCACCACUGAAAACUUUUGCUACCUGGAAGCAGGCGAGGAAGGAAUAA